AUGGACCAUCCAGAUUCAAAACAUUCAAAGGAACAAGGAGAAGAAUUGGAAGAAUCAUGCUUUGCAAACCUUUCCUUAGGAGAGUGUUAUAGAAUGGAGAAUCAGUUUCAAACGGCAAUUGGAUGCUAUGUGAAAGCUUUGGAAAUUGCAAAGGAGCAUGAAUAUAAGCAACACGAAAUAGCGGCGUUAUUUGGGUUAGGACAUGCAUAUAGAUUGGACAAUGAGAUUCAAACGUCAAUUGACUACUAUGCGAAAGCUUUGGAAAUUGCAAAGGAAUGUAAAGAUAAACGAGAGGAAACAGAGGCAUUAGUUGAGUUAGGAAGAGCUUAUAGAUUGAACAAUCAGUUUCAAGCGGCCAUUGGACACUAUAAAAAAGCUUUGGAGAUUGCAAGGGAGCACGAAUAUAAACAACUGGAAACGGAAUCAUUAGUUGGGUUAGGAGAUGUUUGUAAAUCGAACAAUCAGUUUCGAACGGCCAUUAGACACUAUGAGGAAGUUUUGGAAAUUGCAAAGAAACAUGAAUGUAAACUGGAAGAAACACAGGCAUUAUUUGGAUUAGGAGAUGCAUAUGGAUCGAUCAAUCAGUAUCAAACGGCAAUUGAGUACUAUAAGAAAGCUUUGGAAAUUGCCAGAAGAAUAAAACAUACAGAAGCAGAAAGAAAAUCAUUACUUUGCUUAGGACACUAUUAUAAAUUGAACAACCAGUUUCAAAAUUCUAUUCAGUGCAUUGAAGAAUCCUUACAAAUUGAGGAAAGACCAGGAGAUAGAAAACACGGAACGACGGCAGAGAAUACAAUGAAAAGCUCGUCAAUAAUUUUAGGUAAGCGUUUAUCAAGCUUGUCCGCUGCUUUUAAAGCGUCACCCAGAGAAUCAGGGUCGUAGCGAGGGGGGUAUUGGGGAGGGGGGGGGGUGGUUAACCCCCCCAACAUUUGUAGAAUUAACAUAUUCGGAAAAUCAGGUUGGCCAUUCGGAAAAUUACGGCAAUAAUAAUAUAACAAAAUUUUAGUUAUUUAAAAAGAGAAAAUAUUACUGUAUAAAAUGAUAUUGUCAGUAUAAACCAUUGGUAUAAACUGAUUUACGAAAUCACGGCAUUUACAUGGAUAACGUAAAACAAAUCGUAAAUCGGUAAAGUUUUUCGGUUUAUUAUUUCUCAUAGCAGCUAGUCGGGAAAGGGGGGAGGGAAGACUGGGGGCAGCAGCCCUUACAAUAAUUUGCUGAUAAUCAUUCUUUUUUCAAAAUCAUGCACACCUUUAUCAUUUAAAUAAUAUACUUUUAAAAUACUGACAAUAGACUAGAGGUGUGCAUCGGAGAGGAUUGGACGUUUAUAAUCCGACAAUUGCCUAAUGUUUAAAAUCCAAGCCGAUCCGAAAUUGUUUAAUCCGAAUCCGAUCCGAGUUUUGAAAAAGAAUUCCAAUCCGAUCCGAUCCGAAGAAUUCUUUAAUAAAAUAAAUUUCUCAUUCAACUUGAAAUAUUUAACCAAAUAAAUAUAAAAGCAAAAAAUACAUAUCAAGAAGCUAACAAAGUGACGUCCAAUUGAAGUAUCAAACGAAUAAUGCAGCGACAACCGCGAUGAUACUUUGAUAAAUGCAUAGAUAAUUAAUUCUUGCGAUAAUGCAUGGAUAAUUCGUUUUAUUUCGGAUAUCGAAGUCCGAUCCGACCCGACUACGAAACAACUUUAUCAAUCCGAUCCAAAAUUUAUAUUUUGAUUCCGAAAUCCGAACGAAUACGAUCGGAUUCGGAUCGGAUUUGCACACCUCUACAAUAGACUUUUCCCCUUUUGAGUGAAAUUUUGAUCUAGACAAGCCUGGACAAAAAUUUCACCACAGCUUGAAAGAGCAUCACAAAAUGAGUAACAUUCCGAAGUUUCGUUGAAUGUUGUAAAAUGCGGAUAAUAUAGCCUUGCGAAGUUUGCCGUUUUUCAGUCAUUUUGCAUUACAAACGGGAAAUUGAUAAUCAGAUGAUGAAACUGAUUAUCAAUUUCCCAUUUGUAACUUACAACGACUGAAACGCAAACUUCGCAAGGCUAUAUUAUCCGUAUUUUACAACAUUUCGCAACGAAACUUCGGAAUAUUACUAAUUUUGUGAUGCUCUUUCAAGCUGUGAUGAAAAUUUUGUCUAGGCUUGUCUAGAUCAAAAUUUCACUCAUAAGGGGAAUAUAUUUAGUCAUGCUCGGAAACACCUUCCAACAGCUGAAGGAAGACGAGAAAGCAAUUGAGUCUUAUCAAACAGCCAUAGAUAUUAGUAAAUAAUUGAAAGAUGAAGAAAUGCAAGUGAUCGCGGAGCAGAGAUUAUAUAGGAACUUCAUAUUUAAAUUUGGCAUUAGUUUGUAGUGAAAAUGGUGAACACGAGGCAUCGGUGAGAUGGUACAAAAAGGCAUUGGAUAUUUUUGGAACAGAGCUGAAUGAUGAAUUACGAAGAAACGCCCUUGAUGGUUUGGCGGUUGCCUGGUUUAAUCUUGGAUAUACUGAGAAGGCAAUUGAGCCGAUUCAAGAAGCUAAAAAUAUUUCCGAAAAGGAAUACAACGCAGGUAUUUAUUUUGAUUCAGGCUUAGGGACAGACAAUGGGAGGGGUGACGAUUAUCGGGGGGAGGGGUGUCGAUUCCCCAAAUAUGUAUUUAAACUCUACGUCGAUCGGUAAAGAUAACUAAGAAACUAUAUAGCUAGGUUGUCAAAUUUAAAACUUAUUAAUUGUAAAAAGCUGAUGUAGCUUUAAAGUACAGAGAACACCGGUAGCUCGAACUCCCGUGAGAAACGAAAUAUUUUUUGAGUUAGCCGAGGUUUGAGUUAACGCUUCGGUCUUGGAUAAUAAUAAGGUAAAGUCGUUUUAUUACUCAUCACAAUUGUGAGCCAUUACGCGGUACACUCUACACUGCAGAACUUACAAAGUUUGUACUGCUGUUACUUAAGUUAAACAAUAUCUUUCACAAUGGACUGUAUACCCAUACCAACAGUACCUGUAAGCUAGAUCAGUAAUCAGUAUCGACGUAUACUACGAGCAGGCUCUCAAGGUGAAAUGAGACAUACAAUUUUGAAUAUCUGCUCCGUAACGUUCGUUUUUCCAAAUAAGGAAUGUAUUUCCUUAUAUGGUUUUGUUUACAACUUUCGUGCAACCUAAACUUAGACUGUACAGCAAUCUCGUACCCAGAGCAUGCCCAUUCGCAGGUUAGGUGUUUCGCAUGACCUAACCUGCGAACGGGCAUACUCUGGCUAUGGAAUUGACUGUACAGUUUAUGUUGUUUUUAAAAAUAUAAGAUAUUCAAGCAAAAGCUUGAACGUUUUAAAUGCUGUUUUCUCAAAACAGAACAUUUCGUGCCUUGAGAUAAAGUGGCCAACACCAAUUUUGAUCAGUUCAUGUGUGACUGUUUUUUAUACAUAGUGCUUCAGCCGUUGACAUAUAUAGAGCUCAGCGGAAACAUAUAAAUUAUAGCAUCUGACCAAUGAGAAUUUCGCGUCCCGAUUCGAGACGCAGAUAUUCAAAAUUGUAUGUCAUCAGUGCAGGCUCUCAUUUCAUCUUCAGAGCCUGCUAGUAUCGACGCAACUUAUUGAAUCUUUUAUUAUGUUUGUAUGCAGGUUGUACAAAAGGCAGUCCAAAUUUGGCAAUUAUUGUGCAUUAUAUUUACGUUUAUUCAUUUAUUUUUUCAUACUAAUAAAGAUCAGGCAUUUAGCUGUUGAAUGAUACAUUUCUUGUAUAUCAUUGCGAUCAAAAAUUGCCGAAUACUGAAGAUCCGUUUUAAAAAUGUCGGUCGAUAUCACAUUUUUCCACCGUGGGGAAUUGCAUGUAAAGCUAUUAUCUAUGUAUUGAAAUUAUUCUCAUUUAGGAAUCAAAUUGUCCCUUGACUCAAGGGCCUUGAGUAAAUAUGGCGCAACGUAUGUGUAAGCAUCAAGUUUUGAUAAACUUUUACACGCAAUUUUAUAUCGAAAUUCAUGAGUGGAUAAAACAGUUUACAUGACUGGAAGCUUGCACGCAAAGUUCAGCGACAACAUGCUGGCGACUUAUUUAUGUUGCCACUAAUACUUCGGGAAGUUUCCUCAACUGUACAUGAUAUAAUUGUUUUUGUUUGUGGAAACACCACGUAAAUUUAUUACUGCAAAGCUUUCGAUCCGUAAGCCCGGAUCUUCAUCAGUGCUAAUAAUAUGUGACUUGUUUAAUUCACACGCUCUUUUUAUAUACAAGAGUGUCGUGAUCUGUUGGCGCGCGUCAUUUGAAAUUUAAUUAAACGGCACAUCAACCACGUCAUUUCAAAACGUAGUGAAGUGAUUCCAAUUAACGCGCGCGCAUCCAAGACAAGAGAAAUUAAUUUUGCACAUUAAAGAGAGCACGCCACGUACUAUCUAGUGGCUUUCCCUCCUGAUCUAUAGUAUUGUGCUUCUCGAUUUCAAUUGACUCUCUCAUUUUGCGAGAGAACUUAUGACUAUCAAUCGCCAAAAUGGUUGCUUCGUCCCAUUUUAUACGAUGGUCGUAAGUCCAAGUAUGUUUAGCCACAGCAGAUUUAUCUUGCUCGGCUUUCUCGCAAUUCGUCUUGUGUUCCUUAAGACGUACUGAGAGAUUUCGACCAGUUUCACCAAUGUAAACCAGACCACAUUCACAAGGAAUGCGGUACACACCAGGUUUCUGAGAUUCAUUUACGUUGUCCUUAUGUGUGCAAAGAGCUCGAAACAAUUUGUUUUCGCUGGAAUGGUAUACCUUUAUACCUGCUUCAUUCCUCAAAAUUCUUUCGAUUUUGUGUGAAGCCGGACCAAUGUAUGGUAGACUAACAGACGACUGAUAUUCAAUCUUCUGCUGUAUAUUUUGUGGCGUUUUCAUAGCAUUAUCUAUGAAAUGCCGUGGGUAACCAUUCAUUUUUAGAACAUUUCUUAAAUGUUCUAAUUCAUCGUCAAUGUUACUUACCUCACAAAUUGUUUUCGCUCGGUUGAUGAGUGUCUUGCACACAGAGUUUUUAAUACUAGGAUGAUGAAAUGAAUUAUAAUGCAGAUACCUGUCUGUAUGUGUUGGUUUCCUAUAAACCUUAUGUCCUAGCGACCCAUCAUCAUGUAUAGUGAAAAGAACAUCUAAGAACGGUAUAGUUUUAUCAUCCUUCUGUACUUCAAAAGUAAACUUGAUCGAUGGAUGCAAACUAUUAAUGUGGUCUAGAAACUUUUGUAAAUUAUCUAGUCCAUGAGACCAGCUACUCAAUGUAUCAUCCACGUAUCGGAACCAGAAAGCUGGUUUCAACUUUGCAGUAGCUAAGGCCUUCCUUUCAAAUUCCUCCAUGAACAAAUUAGCCAUAACAGGCGACAAUGGACUUCCCAUUGAAGCGCCGUUUGUUUGUUCAUAGAAUUUCUCCCGCCAUUGAAAACAUGUCGUGGUCUAAACAUAGUUUCAACAAAUCAUGAACAUUCUCAGGAGAAAGAUUAGUUCUUUGAGAUAAUGUAAUAUCUGAAAGAAGUCUUUCUUUCGCGAUAUUACAAGCCUCUUCAACUGGAACAUUAGUGAACAAGCUAACUACGUCAAAACUUACCAGAAUGUCAUUCUUACCCAAUGUAAUUUGUUCCAUUUUUGUUACAAAUUCUUUAGAAUUUACUACAUGAUGAUCUGUUUUUCCAACAACUGGUUUCAAUAUCUCAGCGAGAUAUUUAGCCAGGGCAUACGUUGGCGAACCUAUGGACGCUACAAUAGGUCUUAGUGGGACAUUAGGUUUAUGUAUCUUAGGUAAACCAUAAAAUUUUGGACAAACAGUAGCUGAAGGUCUCAAACAAUUAUGAAGUGUUUGAGACAAAAUACCUGCCUUUUUAAAACCAGAUAGUUUGGAACAUAUUUUACGUUCAAUGUUAGCUGUAGGGUCUCUUUUAAGCUCUUUAUAAGUUGGAGUGUUUAAAAGAGCCAGGAUUUUAUUAUCAUAUUCUAGACGAUCUAAAAUGCUGAGCAGCUCUCGUGGCGACGAUCAUGGGGUUACGGUUCUGUCGAAAAUGGAAAUUUGGACUUUUGACAAAGCAAAGUUCGUCGUGUGUCGCGGGAAUUGCCGCAAUGGUGAAGAAACCAAGUUUUUUCGAAAGAGGAACGUUCGUGCUAUUAGACGAUUUGAAAUUUAUUGCUCUGCGACGAUUCUGAGGCGAGAUAUUGGACUCGAUGUCGGAGAGUAUAUCAGAUAAGUGGCUAGCCUUGUAGUUAUUUAUGUCCUAUACGGCCAUGUCGUCCAGUGCCAUAGUACUGACGACCGUUCAAGUACGACGAAAACGUAAAGCAAUCGCAUCAACUAGACUCAGAAACACAACAAAUGGAUUCUAGUAACAAGUGAGAUAUAUUUUUUACAUAAAUUACAAAUUUUGAAAUUAUCAUAAUAAUAAAUUCGCGGCACAUAACACUAACCCUAACCCAACCCCAACGCUAACCACUAACCCCUAAUCCCUAUCCACUAACCCCUAACCCCUAACCCCUAACCCUCAUUUUUUUAACUUUUAAAUUUUUUUUAAAAAUCUAAAUUUUAAACUUUUCUUGCUUUUCAAAACUCUUUUAAAACUUUUUAAAACUUUUUUAAAAUCUAUUUUUUUAAAAAACAUGAAAAACUCACACACAAAGGUUUCAAGAUACUGUGUAUAAUUUCAUUCACAACUGUAUCUUAAACUACAUACAUACGGAAACCAACCUGUCACUGUCAAAAUAUUCAGUAUAUUCUGAUUUGAUAACUACAUGUUUACACAUGAAUAAUUUCGUUUCCAUAUAUGCCCCUUUCACUAUACAGGCACAUAUUUACUUGAGUAUAUAUGUAUCCUUCCAUGAAAGUACAAUAAAAUCCCAAGUGAUUUUCUUUGGUCAAUACGUAAAAAUUACUUAUAAUCAUUAUUAAUCAACAAUGUUUAUUUAAUUCUUUAUAAAAGAUCGCACGCAAGCAGCUGCAUGGAUACAAAAUAGACAGUUUACACUCGACUAGUUUUCUCUCAGUUUGAUCCUCGAUCUUUGAUAAGUAUUACCGUUCGCUAUUCCACAAUUUGUUGAAAGAAAUCUCAAGAAUCUCACUCAGGAAAGUUAAAUUUAUCGUAAAAUAAUAAAACUCGAAAACGUCGCGCCUUCCCGCUGCCAUGUUUGACAAAAUCAAUCGGCUUCGCUCCCCCCGGAUUGAAAACUAAAUUAUUACGAAAAGUCCAAUAUUUUUGGAGUCACGUGACCAGUGUUUACCAGGGCCUUUGCUUCCCGUACCAGAGCCUCUGAACCGCGCAAAGGCCCUGGGUAUGAGGUUGAUGUGAGGCUUCCCCUACAUGGCGCCGUUUCAUACAAUUGCAAGUCAAAGUAACCAUAUGCAAACAUAUUAUUCAAAUAAUAAAAAAGAUAGCAAAGUUAAAUAUUGGUUAUUGUUCAACUAAAUUUAGAAUAGAGUUACAGGUACAUAGUACGGCAGAAUAUUGGAAACGAAAAAUAUAGAUGCGGCAAUAAAUACAUGCGGCAAAAGCCUCGAGCGAAAUUUCGUUUGCACGUUUACAAACAAGCAAAACUCAUGCAUUUGAUAUUAUAUACCGCCCGACAUAAUAUAUUUAUCCUUGCCCAUGAGAAAAAUUAUUUAAAAAAACAACAAUACAAGUAAAAAGUAAAGAUCGUAACCAUCCAUCACCCCGAAUUUAAUGCGAAACACGUGAAUUUAUAGAGAAACACGUGCGUUGCUUCAUAGCUCGUAUUCCAGCGUGUUCCGGGUGGGGUUCCGGGUGUUCCGGGUGGGGUUCCGGGUGUUCCGGGUAGGGUUCCGGGGAUUCCGGGAGGGGUUCCGGGUGUUCCGGGUAGGGUUCCGGGUGUUUCGGGUAGGGUUCCGGGUGUUCUGGGUGGGGUUCCGGCUUUUACAGACACCCGCUUUAAUUAAUAUUAAGACAAUUAACAUUCUGAUGAAGUCACUUUGGCGUGAUUGACAUUUGACAUGCAUAUAAAUAACAAAGAAUUAUAUUAAUAUUGUUCAUCAGGCGAUAUACAUGGACGGUAUAAAGACUCAAAAUGAAUGUUUUACAGCAACGAUUUCUUGCAUUUGUGACUUUUUGGCAGACAUAGAGAUUACUAGAAAAGGACUUGGAGAUUGAUAACAAAAUCACCGGCUUAGUUACUGCGCUUCAUGCAAUUCAGAAUUUGUUUGUUUACAUUUGAAUUCAAUUACUGAAUUAGUGAAAAACACCAAUUUUUAGGUCGCUCGUUAACAUCGAACCAGACAGAGGGCAAUAAUGAAAUUUCUAACACAGGUUUAGCGUAA